CUAACCUAUAAUUAUUAAAAAAAUCCAGAGUACGAUAUCUUCUUAAUUUAGGGUAGAAGUAUUGGAAUAGAGUUUUUGUAUAAUAAAUUUCGUCAAACAUUCUCUAUAUGGGUGGUAAAAGUGUUUAGAAGUUAGUGUUUGUCUGCAUCCAAUCUGCACAAUAGGUAGGUACAGUGCGCGACUAUCGACUUGUGGACGUCUCUUCACUAUGCUUGGCAGCUGUUUUUCGACUAUCACUAAUCUAUAAUCCUCAUAUAUCACUUGUACAAAACUAUUGUAAAUAUGGACAUUAGAAGGAGGACAACCUAUUUGUCUCGAGGCGCUGAUGGUCGUCCGUCGCACAACUACAGUUCGUUUUUUCAAUCUGCACAGAAAAAAUAUUGCAAUGCAGAUCCUGAAAGUGGUAUUCGUCUCGUUGGACCAAUGUUUGAACUAACUGCUUGUGUAGAGCUUAAAGGAGAUGAGGAAGAUUUUGAAACGAUGUAUCCGGAUACAUCACUUUCAUUUGGCCCAACUAUUUGUUCAUUUGGCCUGAAGUAUAACGAUCAUAAUUACGCCCUUCCUUCAGGAUUAACUCCUCCCUCAAUGGCACCCCAUUUAAUGGAUCUUCAAGUGCCGAAAAAUAAAUUUUCAGAUACAAAGCUGAACAAUCUCUGCUCGAAAAAUUUGUUUGCCCAAAAGUCAGGCUGUAAAUUAGGGGCUGAAGAUAAUGAGCAAAAACAUAAUAUUGAUAAGCGUUUCGAUAGGCAAAGUUCACUUACUUUUAAACGCUCCACACUCGAAGGGAAUGGUAUGUACAGCAGUGAUGGUAAAAAACACUCUAGUGGGCUAUGGUAUUCUAAAUCCAUAGAUCUCGACGACAAAACGUUGGCGGAUAGUGAUUCGAAGGAUCAGUAUAUACCUUCACGAUUUGGCUCACAAAUUUCCAAUUAUGAACAAAUGGAGUUACGGUGUGAACCUGAGUUGAAGGUCAUUGAAGUGCCCGAAGAACUUGCUGUUUCACCUUCUCAGUUAAGUGAUUUGGAUAGUGACACAUCAGAAGUGGAUUAUAUUGCAAAGAUCGUUAUUCCUUCUUCCAAUGGCUCAUAUAUUCAGCCGGCUGUUGAUAACGCUUGGGUCGGUAAUAAUGUAUGGGCUGAUGUCCGCUGUGUAUGUGGUCACUCUCAACCUAAAUCCGGACUUAUACGAUGUCCCAAAUGCAGUACUUGUCAACAUGUACAGUGUAUGGAGUCAUAUUACAAUGUUACUAUGCCUCGAUUGAGUGAUGGAUAUACCUGCAAUGUAUGUGGAAAUGAAAAUACUGAAUUUCAAGGUACAUCUAACCAAUCAUCGGACACAACAACAAAUGCCAAUGCAAACAAGGAUUGUGUUGCUCUAAAUGAUGAUACUACGAAUUUUAUUGAUGCUGCUAAUAAUUCGUCAAUAAAAUUGACUCAAUCUUCUGAUGGGAACAUUGGAGCUCAGUAUGUAGAAGUUGCUGCUGAUAGAGCGAAAAGAUUGGGUCUUUUGUCGAAUAACUGCAAACUGGAUGCUGAUGGUUCUACGUUUUCUGGGUCUUGGUCUGGUCACUCUGUUGUAAAAGAACAUGAUACUACUGGACGUUCUGGUUGGUCAUCCGUGAAUUGGGAAAAAUUGAACGAAAUUUCUCGUUCUGGUCGCAGGCAUCAUGGUGAUACAGAUGUCAAUUUGAGAAUGCCAUCUCCUCCAAGAGCAUCCAAGCGGAAGCAAGACCUAACUUCUACAUCGUAUAAUGACACAGAAGUUGCCGCAGCCGAUUCGUCUUCUGAACAAAAUUCCAACACUACCGUUAUUUUACCAAAUAGUGGUGAUGAGUCAUCUUCUGUAGAUGUAACACCUUCGAGCACACCGUCAAAUACUCCAAUGAAACCAGGGACUUUACCACUCACUCCUGUCACUCCCACAAGUACACCUGGUGGCACGCUUACACCUGGUUCUGGAUACAGUAGUUCUUCAGGUGUAGAAGGCAGUCCACGUCGUCACAGACUAGGUAUUGAUCGUUCAACUAAUAAAGUCAGAAGAGUUCUGUUUUCCGAUGGCUCCAAUUCAACGAAGCGUCGUUUUGACGCUCGAACUAAUCCUCUUGGUGCAGCUUGGGCUAAGGACUAUCAGGAAGCUGAAAAUAAUGUUUAUACGAAAGCUCUGCUCGAACGUAUACAGAGUAGAAUAUCUGCUAGCGUCGAGCGAAAUCAUAAAAUCCCCCCGGCAUGCUUAACUCGGAGUUCGCUUUGUCGAGUUGUCCUUUUUGAUCAUAAUGAUAAGGGCUUAGAAGCAUCAAUCAGAUUAGCACCGAAUGAAGUUGUGACUGAAGUUCGAGGUCAUUUCUUACUGAUGGAAGAAUAUGAACACUAUGUAGAUCCUGUUUCCGACUAUAAUCGUUACGUUAUGUUUUAUCGUGGGUUUGGCGAUCGGACGGUUGUCAUUGACUCUAGUCAAUAUGGAAAUAGUGCACGAUUUGUUCGACGUUCAUGUAUUCCAAAUUGUAGACUCGAGCAUUACGUUGUUCAAAAUAAACUUAAAAUUGUAAUUCGUACGUCUGUUGAAGUAAUGCCUGGGACUGAGUUAACCAUACCUUUUGACUUGGACUACCGGGCGUGUCGUUAUCCUUUGGAUUGUGCUUGUGCAAGAUCUCGUUGUCCCGUUCUAAAGUGGCGACGAAAAUUGCUUCGAAAUAAAGUGGUGCCCAACUUGGAUUAUAGCAAAUAUAUUGAAUCACAGCUCAGAGUACUUUCCAAACCUUUAUCUCAAGAAAGUCCGACAAAUAGAUCUUUUGAUUCCAGUAGUUUAACAGCAUCUCCAUUAGUAAAAACAUCUGCCACUUCAAACAGUACUAUGAAUCAACCUAUCAGUUUAUCACCUAAUGUUAAUUACAAUUUGUAUAAUAUAAAAUCAUCACCUGGUACUUUUCGUAGAGAGGUUGAGCUACCUAUCCAUGACUGUGAUUCUUUGAUUGCUGAAAAAACAAAUCAGAGUGAUUUAGAUUUAAAUACAACUGAACAUUUAGACAGUUCUGUUUCCUUGAACUGUGCAUCGUCUUCUACGAUUAUAAAUCAAAGGGAAAGUAGUGAACAGGUUAAUUCAGAUCUUAUCAAUUCCGAGAAUAAGAAUGUUGCCGAAUCUGGUUUCGUAACUGACGAAAAUCAAAUUCCUGAAACUUCUCAACCUGUAGAUAUAUCAGCUGAAAGCAAUUCAAGAACAUCUUCAACGAAGAUUAAAGAUUCUUCAUUUCGGAAAAAUCAAAAUACGAGUGAAGAAAAACUGCCUUUUGAACCUAUCAUUACUACAAGAAGACAGGCUGCAGCUUUGAAAAAUAUCUUAAGAUAGUGGAUGUUCGAAUCUUUCACCACUAGCAAGGUAAUUUACUUUUCUAACUUGAAAACAUUUCCACUUUUUUUAAAACAUACUACUGUUCUGGUAGAGCUAUUGGGUCAUGAUAAUAAUGACGUAAAACUUAUUUCAGUUAGCCAGAUAACUUUUUGUUUUGCUAAUAUUUUGAUUUCUUUCCUUUGUAUAUUGUCAUUCAACAAUUUUUAUGUCUUUUUUUCUUUGUCCAUAUUUAGUUUAGUGUAAACUAACUUGUGUUUUCUUUCUGUUUGCGUAAUUGGAUUAUUUCCUUUCCUGUUCCCAGCUUUCAAAUAACGAUGAUGAUAAUGAUGUUAUAGUGUAAUUUUCCUCUCCACUUUGUACAUGCUUUAUUACCUUUUACAUUGUUGAUUUCGUCAUGUUUUGUAAAUGACGUGUCUGUAUUCUAUUACUUGGUUCUGUGUAUACUCUGUCAUUAUUAUUUGCCAGUAAAGUAAUGAGAGAAAUUCGCAUAAAAUGUAACAUAUCAAAAAGGAAUAUUUCCGAAGUAAUCUAGAGCUCUAAUUAUUGCGAUUGUAUUAUUUUCUUUUACUCAACAAAAAUAUAUAACGCUGAAAAUGCCUUCUCCAUAUAUUUGCGUGUUUUGUAUUACGUGUUUUCAAUGCUGAGUGAUUUCAUGCAUAGUUAGAUGAGAUUUGAUCUAAUUCACUAGAUGGGACAUCAUUACAACCAAAUUGCCAAAAUCUGUGGAAUAUCUCAAUAUUAUUCUUAGGAGAGAAAUCAGUGAUACUGGUGAUUUGUGUGCGAAUCCUCUCUUCAUGUUUCACUGCACUCUAUUUGAUGGCAUUUUUACGACAUUUUGCAUAGAUUAAACAUAUUGUUUUGUUUAUUGGAUCAUAUUUUACACUGUUAUGGUUGAUAUCUUCGGUCAAUAUUGGAAAUAAAUUUUCUUCGGUUUUUAAGAACUGUGUUUACACAUCUUACCCUUCAGUCCGAAAAUUAACAAAUGGCGUACAGUCGUAAUUUUUCAGUCUAACGUUUCACUUUAUCGGUUAAUUAUUAAGGAAAUACAAAAUAGUGUGGUUACUUACGCGUUCUGCUGGUGGUUAGUAGAUUGGGUGUGUUAAAAAUCUCUUUGCAUCAAUCGUAGGAUGCUAGGUCGAGAUGUCGUGGAUGCAGUGCAAGAUCGCCUAAAUGUUGUUUCGCCUUGACUGUGACACUGAUUUUCUGAAUUUACACAGCUUUAGGUGGGUUAUAACACGUUCAUAAUAACAUUUGUGGUGGUCGGUAUUCAAUACAAUCUUUAAACUUCGUAUACAGUUCGUCCUGAUAAACGUCACUAAAUAAUGCUUCAAUGGUUUAUUAAUGAGAAGGCGAAUACGAAGUGUUGGUGACAUAACAUUAAAGCUAACAGAAUAAAUAUAUGCGUAGGCAGUAAGCAAUGUUCAAGCACGCAUAUUCAUACACGUGCAUCAAUAAUAAAUGUGCAAUGGUAUGGAUAUGUUGUUAUUGUACGAAUGACUAUCUGCUAAACAAGUUAACAAAUGGGCUUAACCAAAUUAAAUGUGAACAAACUCAGUUGCACGUGCGCUGCUACUCUUUAAAAACUUAUGUAUGUCUGCAUUCGAUGAUUUUGGUGAGAAUGAAUGCGUUCGGCAUUUUUGUCCUUAUGUAUUCAUAUGCGUCUACUAUACAACUCAUUAUUUUUAGAACCGAAAGUAGGCUGGGAAAAAUUGAUAUUCAUAUGAUUUUAAUCACAGCACGAACUAAGUAAACAGAGGCAAUCAGCAGUUGAGUAUUAUCGCUCAAUUCAGAUACUUUUAAUUUAAUUUCCAUUGAUUUUAGUGGCUAACAGAUUUAAAUCUGAGAGCAAAUCGAAUUUAUUCCUGCUUUCCUAAAACCAUCAGGAGGUAUGUAUGUAUGGAUAAUCAUUUGUGCUACUAUUUGAUGCAUGUUUAAUAUGAGUGAUAAUAGUACAGUGUACAACUAACUCAAAACACCGAAUAUUUAGGUUGUUGUCUAUUGAAUAUGCGUGAUAAUUCUCAGGGAUUUCAUCAAAACCUCGUGUGGAUUCACUCGCGAAAGUUUUAUACGAUUCGUUCUAAUGAGGACAUAUAAUUGUAGAAAAGUAAUACCGAUCAGUGUAAUUCUUUAAUUUUGCAUUUAUUGGCACUCAUCAAAUGGUGACAUAAUAUAACAUAACAGUAACCGUCUUAUAUUUUUACUACCUACGUGUAGUAACUUAGACGAUUGAUCCACUGUGUAUAAGCAUAAUGUAAGUCUGAUUUAAUGUAUUUCUGCACUUCAACCUUUAGCCUCUCAAUGGUUGUAAACUAAAACAGUCAAUAACUUGAUCCAUGUAUCGAUUAACACUUGGAACACAUAAAUGCUUGUACUUUUUACUCAUUCACUUUCCGGUGUGCUCUCCUUUCCCACGCUUGUGGGUUUUACUAGUUAUCCCAACUAUUAGUUUUAGGUUUUCUCAAUAUUCGAGUAAAGCUGUAGUGAUAUCAGGAGAAUUAACCUACUAAAAUACACAGUUAACGGUCAUCAUAUUUUGAAGCCGUACAAAGGAAUUAUCUAACACAACAUAAUCGAAAAUGAUGUAUAUGAGUGGUUGGAAUGGUGAAGAUUAUCAAUGAAAGUUUAUAUUUUCAAGCAUGUUUACAAAUAGAUCUAGAUAAGUAUCGAAGCCUCAGACUGGUUCUUUUGGACUGAAGGCAUGUGUUCUAGAAUAACCUUGAGCUUCCCCUCUUUUUGUUGUAAUUUGAUGAAUACCAUUUGGAAGGCAGAGUUACGUUGUGAUCCUGCAAUAUUAUAUUAUCCUCAAUCAUCUUUGAUCUGUUAGCUGUUUUACCUUCGUUUGUGUACUUAACAUGAUCACUGUUGAACCAUAUUAAUAGACGCACGUAAUUACUAGAGUAAGAACCAGUUUCAGUCUCCCAAGUACGAAUUCGUUGCGGUGCGUAAUAAUUGUGAAAAAUCAGAAUGAUUUACUCGAGUUUUAAUGGUCGAGUUAGUGAGGAUCAAUGAAAAUUACUUUUUGAGGUGGACAGUUUGCCAAUCAAUUAAUUAAAGAUCGAAGAAAGCAUGUGGAAAAUGAGCGAAAAUCCAGUCCACUAUCAUAGUGAUAAAUUAGUAAUGUUGUGGUGUUCCAGAAAACUCGCAAAAGACAACAAAGGCUCAGUAAACAUUAAGAAUCAUUUCAUUUAAUCAGCAUUCACUUGAAGUUUAGCCAGAAACGUCAAGAAAGUGAAAACUCACAUGUAGAGUUUCUGAUUGGCUGAUUGCUAUACUGCUACUAUGUUUAGUGGCAUUCCAGAAUCUUCGGGAAACCCAAGGGCAUCUAAAAUACUAUAAAAACCCUGUAUUUCCUGUACUAAAACGAACCUUUAGAGUAAAAUGUUCCUCGCAUAUUUUGCGCCUUUUCUCUCGUGUUCAGGUCGCUGUGUAGUUCUAGCUUGGGGUUACGAGAAUAGCUUAGGAACCGAAUAUUGCGUUCAAUCAGCAAGCCUUAUCAAGUAACUAUCCCAAAUGGUUCAGUUUUUAAUAGCUAUGAAGUCAAGUUGGGUUUUUGGUAAACCGAGUUAAAAUAGUGAUGAUGCUAUCAUUAUAAAUUAAAUGACUAGCUAUUACACAAUCAUGGAUUUGUAAGUUUUUGAAUCGUUGGUUUUUCGGAACAUGCUUAACAGUCCAAAAUAUCAG